AUGACCGCCAAUGCCUGCUCCAUAUAUGAAGAGGAGCAUUUCAUUGAUAAGUGCCCCAAAUUCAAGCAGUUGUCGCCGGAAAAGAGGAAGGAGUUCGUCGAAAAGAAGUACCUCUGCUUCAACUGCUUGGGGAAGCACUCGAUUCGUGCCUGUAGAACCACGAAGACGUGCGUUGUGUGUCACAAGCGUCACCACUCGAUGAUCUACAUCACACGCCGUCAGAAUUGUCCUCUGGAGACAUCUCAACCAGACCAGUUGAAGUCUCAAGAUAGUCUUGCUGUAAAGCUAGGUUUGUUGAAGUCUCCAGCUUUGCUACCUGUCGUUGGUAUUGGUGGAUCAAGGUUAUUCUCAAAGGAAUUCUCUCAGUUCUGUCUGAAAUCUCUGCACUCAGGCAAACAUCUUCAGAUUAAGGCCUAUAUUCUUGACCAUCUGACAUCAUCGUUGCCGUCGUUCUCAGUCUCGGAUACUCAAGCUUGGGGACACCUCGAGGGACUGAAGUUAGCUCAUCCGGAAUCCAUGGAGCCAAGACCUAUUGACCUUCUCAUUGGCGCGGAUUUCUUCGGAUCAAUGGUGAAGCCACACAUCAUCAAAGGGCCUUCAGACUCCCCUAUAGCAAUGAACGCUAUCUUUGGUUGGGUAGUACUAGGACCUACUUCAGCGGCGAUUCCAAUGGUGACCACCUCUAAUCACAUUGCAGUCAGCAACGAGGAACUCUACGACCUUCUCACUUCGUUCUGGCUGCAGGAGGAGGCCCCAAAAGCCGAAGAUAUUGAUCUCACGAAAGAGGAGGCAGAAUGUGAGCAGUUUUUCCAGCGCACCCAUUCACGAGACAGCUCAGGGCGCUAUGUGGUUCGCCUGCCUCUUGCACGUUCUCCGACAGAGCUUGGCGACUCUUAUGGUCGGGCUAAAGCGUGUCUCUCCAGCCUGUUCCGGAGAAUGGAGAGGGAUCAAUGGACCCUUCAGCUAUAUAGUAUUUUUCUCAAGGAGUACGAAGAUCUCGGACACAUGGUGCGUGUUCCAGCCUUAACUGGUUCGGGGAAUGCCGGGAGCUUGAAGUUCGGCUGUCGAUCUGAGGGGAUGACCUUGGCACAUGGGGCUUCGGCUUCAGGAGGGUUGAGGGUCCCUGAGGAGAAGCAGUCGGCUCGUGUCUCCACUCGGUGUUCUGCUCAGAGGCAAGCUCAUUCGUCAACUCCAAUGUACUACUUUCCUCAUCAUGGUGUUCUCAGGGAAAGUAGGGAAACAACGAAGCUGAGGGUAGUCUUCAACGGCUCUAGUAAGACCAGCUCAGGGGUAUCUCUCAAUGACAUCCAACACACUGGAGCCAAACUGCAGAAGAAUAUCUCUGACGUGCUGCUCUCCUCCAGGCGGAGCAAGUACAUUUUCAUGACGGACAUUAGGAAGAUGUUCCGUCAAAUCAAGGUGUAUCGUGAGGACUGGCAUCUUCAACAGAUUCUGUGGCGGGAUUCUCCAGGUCAGAUCAACACCUACCAGCUCACCACCGUGAUCUACGGGACUAAAUCGGCCCUAUUCUUAGCCUGUAGAGUUCUCAACCAACUGGUCGCGGACGAAGAACAUCGUUUUCCUCUAGCAAUCUCUCCGUUGACCAGUGGAAGAUACGUGGACGACAUCUUUGGUGGUGCUGGAGAGGAGAGUGGUCUUCUAGAAGUCUCCAAGCAAGUGAGGUGUCUUUGCUUAGCUGGUGGUUUCCCUCUAACAAAGUGGCAUUGCAAUAGUCCGUCUCUACUCAGAUCUCUGAAUCCAGAAGGUGUCUCUCAGGAUCAUAAGCUGCUAGAGGAUGCCAUCACGAAGAUUCUUAGUCUGAAGUGGGAUCCAAACACAGACCAAUUCAAGUUCUCAAUCCAUCUUCCGGCGAACUCAAAGGUGACGAAGAGGAAUAUGUUGUCUGAGAUACCUCAGUUGUUCGACCCUCUGGGUCUGAUUUCUCCUGUGGUGAUUAGGGAAAAGGCUCUCCUACAGCGUCUCUGGAUUGAGAAGCUGGACUGGGAUGACGCGCUCUCACCACACAUCUCGGAUAAGUGGACCCAAUUCCGUAAGGAGCUGUCUCAGGUCGAAAAUAUCUCCAUUCCUCAUUGGCUCGGAGUGAGGAAGGAUGCUGUGGUGGAAAUACACGGGUUCUCAGACGCAUCGCAAACAGCGAUGGCGGCAGUUGUAUAUGUGAAGGUGAUAAGCUCGGAUGGCCUGAGUGUCUCUUUAGCUACUGCUAAAACCAAGGUGGCUCCUCUCAAGCAACUCACCAUCCCGAGACUUGAGCUCAACGCCGCAGUCAUGGUGGAGUACGUGCUCAGCAACUGA